GGGAAAAAAUGAGGAAACACAUAAACCUAAAGAAGCUUUCACGUAUAUUCCUUUUCUCUCGCUCCCCUUUCCCUUUUUCAUGGCCAAAAUGGAACCCAUCAGCUUCUCUCUGGCCAUCAUCACAUCUUCUUGAACCUGCAUCCUACUUUCUAUAUCCUCUCAAUUCUGCAUCUUCUUCUUUGAUUCUUGAAAACAUUCUCCAUUCUUAUAAUCAAUCUAGAGAGAGAGAGAUAGCAAAAUGGGUCAGUCCUGUCUUAGAAUCGUUCGAAUCAACAAUCUCAGGAACAGAGUGAACCGUCGGAUUUUGAUUCUCCGUCGAUUCACGCGACUUCUCUGGAGCAGAAUAGUCGCUUUCUCUUCCAAAAGAUCAGGGAGAUAUUCAUUGUUGUCACGCGCCACCACUCCGUCUCCGCCUGUCUCUCGUCCUCAGCCUCCUCCCAUCCCCGUCAUACGCCGUACAUCGGUGCACGAACACGAUAACAGCCACCGGAGAUCAGAUUCGGAUCUGGUUUCUCUUAAGAUCAGCCUCUUAGGAGAUCCCCAGAUCGGAAAAACUUGCUUCCUGGCCAAAUAUGUUGGGGAAGAGAAAGAAGUUGAGAUGAGAGAGUUGGAGAAAGGGAUCAGUUGUACGGACAAGAUGUUAUCCAUGGGAGGUGCUCGCAUUUCCUACAGCAUCUGGGAACUAGAAGGAGCUGAGAGAUCACGGGAUCAAAUCCCCAUGGCUUGCAAGGACUCUGUAGCCAUUCUCUUCAUGUUCGAUCUCACCAGUCGUUGCACUCUUAACAGUGUGAUUAGCUGGUAUCAACAAGCUAGAAAGUAUAAUCAGACGGCAAUCCCAGUAAUGGUAGGAACCAAGUUUGAUGAGUUUAUUCAGCUUCCUAUUGAUCUUCAAUGGACUAUUGCUAGCCAGGCGAGAACCUAUGCGAAGGCGCUAAACGCGACGCUCUUCUUCUCGAGUGCUUCAUACAACAUAAACGUAAAUAAGAUUUUCAAGUUUGUCACGGCCAAGCUCUUCGACUUGCCAUGGACGGUUGAGAGGAAUCUCACCAUCGGAGAACCACUCAUCGACUUCUAGCAUCUUCCACAAGUAUUUGUAAAUAUAUAUAAAUAUAAAAGAAAAAAAUCCGAUUUAUUUUUCAUUCA